GCCAUAGAGUACCACAACCUACAUCUUAAAAUAGCUAAAGAAGUAGGAGACAAGCAUGGGGAGGGUAACGCUUAUGGCAAUCUUGGCAAUGCUUAUCUUAGUCUGGGUGAUUUCAAAAAAGCCAUAGAGUACCACAACCUACAUCUUAAAAUAGCUAAAGAAGUAGGAGACAAGCAUGGGGAGGGUGGUGCUUAUGGCAAUCUUGGCAAUGCUUAUCAUAGUCUGGGUGAUUUCAAAAAAGCCAUAGAGUACCACAACCUACAUCUUAAAAUAGCUAAAGAAGUAGGAGACAAGCAUGGGGAGGGUAACGCUUAUGGCAAUCUUGGCAAUGCUUAUCACCGUCUGGGUGAUUUCAAAAAAGCCAUAGAGUACCACAACCUAGAUCUUAAAAUAGCUAAAGAAGUAGGAGACAAGCAUGGGGAGGGUGGUGCUUAUGGCAAUCUUGGCAAUGCUUAUCUUAGUCUGGGUGAUUUCAAAAAAGCCAUAGAGUACCACAACCUAGAUCUUAAAAUAGCUAAAGAAGUAGGAGACAAGCAUGGGGAGGGUGGUGCUUAUGGCAAUCUUGGCAAUGCUUAUGACCGUCUGGGUGAUUUCAAAAAAGCCAUAGAGUACCACAACCUACAUCUUAAAAUAGCUAAAGAAGUAGGAGACAAGCAUGGGGAGGGUGGUGCUUAUGGCAAUCUUGGCAAUGCUUAUCUUAGUCUGGGUGAUUUCAAAAAAGCC